GUCAAGUGCAACAAACAUGUAAUAUUUUAAUUUGGAAAUAGAUAAUUAAAUAUUUUAUAAUGGUUAAAAUUAACAUGUCUACACACCUUGUAGGACUAAGAAAAUUGAAGAAAGGCACAGUACCAAGUAUAUUUCCAUGGACUAAGAGUGCACCAAGCCGUAAACCACCCAAGAAGAGGGAAGGACCUCCUCAAGAAGAAACAUCAAUUAUUAAGAAGCAGAAAACAUCAUCGUCAAUCUCGUUAGACACAGACCAACAUUCGUCAUCAACUGCAACAUGUGCCAAUGACACUUCAACAGAUAUGCCAUCUGAAGAGCAUGACUACUGUCGCCAAGCACCAUCUCUUGAAGAAGAUCUUGAGGCCAUGAAGAUACAAAUUUCGAAACUAGAAGAAAGGGUACAGCACCUUGAGAAGAAAGUAGAGAAGUUCGGAAUUGAAAGAUUUUCCAAAGAUCCAAAUUUGAUAAAUUUUUACACUGGUUUUUCAACUUAUGAUAUUUUUUGUGCUGUAUAUAAUGUUGUUGAGCCAACAGCUUCAAAUAUGAUCAGGUGGUCACAAGUUCAGAGAAAUAAGAACAUUGUUUGUAAUCCUUUUAGAGAAGAGUCUUUGUCAAUUGUAGAUCAAUUUUUCAUGUUUUUAUGUAGAAUUAGACAAGGUUUUUUUUAAGAAGAUUUAGCACAACGUUUUUGUGUGUCUCAAAGCACUGUUAGUCGUAUCAUUAUUACUUGGAGUAAUUACUAGUAUUGUAUUUUGGGAUGUUUACCCAUAUGGCCAGAUUUAGAUGUUGUUAAACAGAAUAUGCCAGAAUGUUUUAAGACUAAUUUUCCCAAUACACGAGUUAUUUUGGAUUGUACAGGAAUACGUGUGCAGACUCCAAGUGCCAAAGUACUUAACUCUCAGUCAUAUUCAAAUUACAAGUCUCAUACUACCUUUAAAGGCUUGAUUGGUAUAACCCCUCAUGGUGCUGUAUGUUUUGUUAGCAGAUUAUUUACUGGAAAUAUUUCUGAUAAAGAUGUAACACAAAGAAGUGGUAUACUUGAUCUAUUAGAACAAGGUGAUGAUGUGA